AUGGUCGUUGAGGUCGUUCUCAAAAAACCCAUGGGAUCUCUACAGUUGAGGAAGACGAGGAGAGCAGCUCAGAUUCGCAAUAAGAGGGGCAUUCCCAGUACGAUAUGGCAGAGGAAGGCUAAACGAUUGAAGGUCCAAGCAGCGGCCGUGUUGCCAAAGUGUGAACGGCACAAUUACGACGGCUGCUGCGGAUCUGCUUGCGUUCUGAAAACAGAUGAUGAUGACACGGAUAACUUGAGGAAGAACCAGCUACAGCACCUGAAGACGUUGCAGUCACUCCUUGGAACCGUUCAGAUCACGAUUGGAACAUUGAAACCCGACAACGCUGCGGCUCUUUGGGAGAAAAUAAGCACGGGAUACACCGUUCUUCUUGCCGAGGAAUUUUAUUAUCUUGUUGCACAGUAUAAGGAGCUGUCUACAGACACAGAAGACUUCCAUGAUAUUUUUCUCCUUGGAAACCGAGAUAACCAACAAGUGUUCGUUAAGACGAAGAUCAACAAAUUCGAUGCCACUGGCCAGGGACUUGUCUCAAAUAUUGAUAUUGAUGACUUGACGAAGCAGUUGACAAAUUGUACAAAUAAGACCCAAGGAUGUGGAAUGUCCGAACACCUUGUAAGUGAAUGCCACCAUCCCUACGAACAAUACGACGUCCAAUUCAUCUACCAUGACGUGUGCAAUCUGCAAACCCCCUACGCGUAUGAGGGAUACGUGCUGGCGCCUGCACCCUGA